AUAACAAUUUCAACGAAUUUCCUGAACAGGUCAAGGAAAAUAAUGAACAAAAUGAGUGCAACAACCAAUUGUGUCCGAGGAAAAGUAUUACUGAAUGUUUAGACGUUUCAAGAAUAAGGGAACUUGAGCAACUUUCGGCAACCCUGAUACAAUUUCUAAAUGAAGCAAGAAAUAAUUGUGAUAUGGAGGGAAGAUAUUCGUGUUGCGAUACAAACAAACUGAAAUCGUGGCAUGGGCGUACAGUACAGGUUGAGCAUGAUCGAUCACGUUUUCAGAUAACCAAUGAAACACUGUGUCCUGAAACAGGAAGAAACAAAGAUCACAGCAUUGCAGCUGAUCGCAAAAAUGCAAAACAAAUUCCGGAUAACAUGGACUAUAUAAAUAACGUUCGUAAACGAAAGGCUCAAACUCCAUUGAUGUCCGAGAUGUUUGUCAAAGGAUCUAAGUUCAAGAGGGAUUUAGUUUCAAAUUUAUCGACACCGAACAAUGCUGCUGCAAAAGUAGUUGACGAAUUGGUUUUAAGCCAAACAAUUAAGGCGACGGCAAGCAAUUUACAAAAGAAACCAGAAGUAUCUUCAGAAGAAGUAUCCGAUCACGGUACUUCUUUUUAGUUAUUUCUUUGGCAGUAGUACCAUGUUUAAGUGGA